AUGCACGGCGGCUCUGCUGUCGAUGCCUCCGCCGCCCCGCCCUCAUCAGCCGCCGUCGACUGUCUACCUGCUGAAAAGAAGAUGACCCAGCAGGCCCAGCAGCAGGCUUCCUCCGACGACAACGACAGCAGCAACACCAACACCAACAGCAGGCGCCGGUUGGAGGGGAAGGUUGCCAUCGUCACGGGCGGCGCGCGCGGGAUCGGUGAGGCGAUCGCGCGUCUGUUCGUGGCGCACGGCGAGCGCGUGGUGAUCGCGGACGUGGCGGAGGAGGCGGCGGGGCAGGCGGUGGCGUCAUGGCUGGGCCCGCCAGAGCGGCGCGUGGGAGCAGCAGUAUUCUGGCGCUGGACGCGAUGGAGUUCGAGCGGGUGGUGCGCAUCAACGCGCUGGGGGCCGCACUGGAUGAAGCACGCGGCGAGGGCGAUGAUCGCUGCGGGAGAGGGCGGCGGGAGCAUCGUGUCGGUGGCCAGCGUGGCGGGCGUGAUGGGCGGCAUGGGACCCCACGCGUACACGGCGUCCAAGCACGUGCUGGUGGGGCUCACCAAGAACGCCGCCUGCGAGCUGGGACGCCACGGCAUCCGCGUCAACUGCAUCUCGCCGUUCGGUGUGGCUACGCCCAUGCUGCUCGACGCAUGGCGUGACAAGCUGCAUGACAAGGAUCACGAGGAUGGAGCCGCGGCGGCGGAAUCGGGAUCGGAAUCGGAAGCAGCUGCAGCCGCUGACGAGCAGGAGGUGGUGGAGCGGAUGGAGGAGGUGGUCCGCGGGCUGGCCACCCUCAAGCUGCAGGGCGCCACGCUGAGGGCCAGCGACAUCGCGGAGGCGGCGCUCUUCCUGGCCAGCGACGACUCCAGGUACGUGUCCGGCCACAACCUUGUCGUCGACGGCGGCGUCACCACCGCCAGGAACCUCAUCGGACUGUAA